AUGGCAAAACUAGUUUGUACGUAUCUGUUCAUCUCCAUGAUUGUUAUGUCUGCCUUUUUGGCUUUGCCAAUUGCAGAUGGAGCGGAUACAAGAAUGUGUAUUGUGGUCGAGAAGCUGAGCAAGCCAUGCACUUUUCAAGAAUGCCAACCACUUUGUAUUCAGAAAUACAAAGGGACUGGCGUUUGUCUCGGACAUAACAACUCUAAUUGCAAGUGCAAAUAUAAUUGCUAAGCUUAAUUAUGUGUAAUUUGAUGUUAAAUUAGACAGAAAAUCUUUAU